AUGUCGAAUAUAUUAAACAUCGGCAAUGGUGAGUAUAAUGAACGACAACCUGAGGGUGAAAGUUCUCAGUUCCAAAAUGAAUUGGCCGAAGACUCCCAGCAAGGCUGCCCAUCAAUCAAAAAGGACGAUACCGAAAGUGGGUUUAUAUUUCGGGACGAAAAACCCUUGUCUGCACUGAUAUCAGAAGGGGAGACUUUAAAUUUAGCCGAGACUCCUGGUUCCACAGGAAGUAUGGAGGUUACUUUUGACUGUGAAUACGAUCUUGAGGCAUAUCUGGAAGAUUUCUCUCGUCUCACGAGGAAGGGUAAAUUUGAUGCCGCCAAAGAUCUUUUCGAAUCUUGCCCGUCGGACUUGAGAGAUCAUCCGGAAUUUGUUCUAGACUUUGUGGAUACUUUACUGAAGCAGGGUGCCUACAAGACUUUGGUGAAUUUUGCUGCAGAUAAAGAGUCGACUUUGCUGAAGCAGCUGAGCGACUGUGGACAGAUUCCUAGUCAGUACCUGCUUUCCGUAUUUGAGUUGGGAAGACGGCGUGCUUUUGGCUACUUGCCCGAUAGUGAAGCGAAAGAUGUGGGGGCUGAUAAAGUCCAGUUGGAGUUACUGGCGAAGUUUGAGAAUCUUGAUUCAAUUCAGGUACAAUUGCUUUGUAAUAUAAUUCAGCUGGAUUCCGAACCAGUGAAAUACAUAAAGUUACCAAUGAAUGUCCCUCAAGGUACAAAAAGUAUGACAGAUAGCUCGUUGAACUGGCACAGUUUGUACAAGCACCUUCUCUCGACUAACAGAAUAUGGGAUAUGCGAGAUCUUCUCCAGGCUCUUUGUUCCAGAUAUGGAGUUGGAGGUGCCAUUAAAUUAUUUCUCAAAAAUCGGCAACAGGCAGCCUCCAAGAGAGUUCUGGAAUCAGAUGAAUUGGAAUUCAGUGAGUGGUUCCACUUUAUGUUUGACUGGACCCAUAGUUCCCAUGGUGAUGAGUCUACAGACUUAGCCCUUCUUGAAAUGUUGGUCACUAUCUCGCUUCAAUUACUAUCGCAUAGCAGUCAAAAUGAUCCGUCGAUCACGAAGAUCAUCAAUCAGGCCAUGGCGCAUGCCAACCAGUUUGCAAUCUCGCUUAGCCUCAGUAAUCCAGACAACGUUCAAACGAACCCCUAUUUAAAAUGGGCUUUGGCCAACCAAAGACUAGCGAGACAACUGCCAUCCAAUCCGCGUCAGAUUCCAGAUUAUAAGUACAUAAAGCAAUCUCAAGGGGUUAUCAUAUGGACUUCUAAUCUGCCGAUCUACGUUCCAUUAGACCCUCAUGAUUUGACCCCCAUGCAAUGGAAAAGACAGUCUCGAAGCACGCCGGAGAAUUUGCUUAAGCUAGGGCUAGAAAUUUCUCACAAAAAUGGCGAUUAUUCUUUAGUAGUACAAUACUUGCAAGAGAUAUUUUACACAUCUGAGACUCCUAUAGAGGUACUGACCGAAUUGUCGCGCAUACAAAAAGACUUGCAGGGAGACAGCAUUGGUUACUUACAAACCUGUCUGACGAAAUACCUAUGCGUGAGUGAUGAAACUGCUAUGGAAAAUCUCAGUAUUGAGAUAAAGAAUUUCGACGAGAAUACCAAGCAAUUAGACUUCACUCGGAUAAUUGACCCGUUAACCAGAUGGUGUCAACGAGGCAUCCAAGCCGCAUUGUACAAGCGCCUACAUGGGAACAAACCAUUGGAAAAUCCAUACUUGGAGAAACAAGACAAUGCAUACCGGGAGCUGCCACAUGAUUUUAAACGCUUAUUAGCAGAAGUAGUAAAGGGGCUCGGUGCUUACAGACUGAAUUCCGCUGACGAAGCGCUGCCGAACACGUCUACAGAACCUUGCGAGGGGACAAUCUACCGAGAUGAUAAUUUCAUUGUCUGCGACUCGUCAGGUUACUUUACCAGAAUGUUUGAAGAGCCAAGUCAUGAAGAAGUAUUGAUUGAGAUGUAA